AUGUUUAAACAAAUUAUAACAUCUUCAUCUACUAAAUCAACAAGAUUGUUUACCAGCUCCACUUUAAAAUAUUUAUCAACUAGUUCAUCACUUUUAAAACCAACAUUAGCUGCUGCUGCUGCUGCUGCUUCCAUCACCACCACCACCACCACCACUGAUAAUUCUAGUGAAUAUUUAACUACUGGAGGAUCAACUCAUUCAAUUCCUGCUAAAGGUUUUAGACUUUCUCAACCUAAAACAUGGGAAGAAUCCAAUGAAAGUGCAUUAUCUAAAGCCACCAAAUUUUUAUUUUUAAGUGAAAUUGCUCGAGGAAUGUAUAUUUGUUUAGAAAUGUAUUUUAGAGCUCCAUAUACCAUUUAUUAUCCAUUUGAAAAAGGUCCAAUUUCUCCAAGAUUUAGAGGUGAACAUGCAUUAAGAAGAUAUCCAAGUGGUGAAGAAAGAUGUAUUGCAUGUAAAUUAUGUGAAGCUAUAUGUCCAGCUCAAGCCAUUACUAUUGAAGCUGAAGAAAGAAUUGAUGGUAGUAGAAGAACUUAUAAAUAUGAUAUUGAUAUGACUAAAUGUAUUUAUUGUGGUUAUUGUCAAGAAAGUUGUCCUGUUGAUGCCAUUGUUGAAACUCCAAAUGUUGAAUAUUCUACUGCUACUAGAGAAGAAUUAUUAUAUAAUAAAGAAAAAUUAUUGGAAAAUGGUGAUAAAUGGGAACAAGAAUUACAAUAUUGUAUUGAUGCUGAUGCUCCAUACCGUUAA